CAGGAACAGCGCUGCCCCGCCAGACCCCGCCGCCCGGAUCCCCUGCGCUGCCCGCCGCCCCCACGUGACCGAGCCGACCACCAGCUCCACCGCAGAGCCCACUCGCCAUGGCCCUCUUCGGGGCUCUCGUCCUAGCGCUGCUGGCAGGCGCUCACGCCGAGCUCCCCGGCUGUAAGAUCCGCAUCACCUCUAAGGCUCUGGAUCUGGUGAAGCAGGAGGGGCUGCGCUUUCUGGAGCAAGAGCUGGAGACCAUCACCAUUCCGGACCUGCGGGGCAGAGAGGGCCACUUCUUCUACAACAUCUCUGACGUGAAGGUCACGGAGCUGCAGCUGACAUCCUCAGAGCUCCAUUUCCAGCCAGAACAAGAGCUGAUGCUACAAAUCAACAAUGCCUCCUUGGGGCUGCGCUUCCAGAGACAGCUUCUCUACUGGUUCUUCUAUGAUGGGGGCUACAUAAACACCUCCGCCGAGGGCAUGUCCAUCCACACGGCUCUGCAGCUCUCCCGGGAUCCCACUGGCCGGAUCAAAGUGUCCAAUGUCUCCUGCCAGGCCUCUGUCUCCAGAAUGCAUGCAGUCUUUGGGGGAACCUUCAAGAAGGUAUAUGAAUUCCUCUCCACAUUUAUCACCUCAGGAAUGCGCUUCCUCCUCAACCAGCAGAUCUGCUCCGUGCUCUACCACGCAGGGACAGUGCUUCUCAACUCCCUUCUGAACACGGUGCCUGUGCGCAGAGCUGUGGACAAGCUGGUCGGCAUUGACUACUCCCUCCUGAAGGACCCUGUGGCCUCCACCAGCAACCUGGACAUGGACUUCCGGGGGGCCUUCUUUCCCCUGGCCGAGGGAAACUGGAGCCUGCCCAACCAGGCGGUGGAGCCCCAGCUGCUAGAGGAAGAGCGGAUGGUGUAUGUGGCCUUCUCUGAGUUCUUCUUCGACUCUGCCAUGGAGAGCUACUUCCGGGCAGGGGCCCUGCAGCUGUUGCUGGUGGGGGACAAGGUGCCCCACGAUCUGGACAUGCUGCUGAGGGCCACCUACUUUGGGAGCAUCGUCCUACUGAGCCCAGCAGUGAUCGACUCUCCGCUGAAGCUAGAGCUGCGAGUCAUAGCGCCACCUCGCUGCACCAUCAAGCCCUCUGGCACCACCAUCUCCGUCACUGCCAGUGUCACCAUCGCCUUGGUCCCACCCAACCAGCCUGAGGUCCAGCUGUCCAGCAUGACCAUGGAUGCCCGUCUCAGCGCCAAGAUGGCACUCCGGGGGAAGGCGCUGCGCACACAGCUGGACCUGCGCAGGUUCCGAAUCUACUCGAAUCAGUCUGCGCUGGAGUCGCUGGCACUGAUCCCGCUGCAGGCCCCUCUGAAGACUAUGCUGCAGAUUGGGGUGAUGCCCAUGCUCAAUGAGCGGACCAGGCGUGGGGUGGAGAUUCCACUCCCUGAGGGUAUCAACUUUGUGCGUGAGGUGGUGACGAACCACGCGGGCUUCCUCACCAUCGGGGCCGAUCUCCACUUUGCCAAAGGGCUGCGAGAGGUGAUUGAGAAGAACCAGCUUACUUACACCAGGGACCCCCAGGCAUCCAGUGCCCCAUCCCCAUCCACGGCAGCUGUCUGAGCCCUCAUCUGCCACCCUGGCAAGCUGCAUUCAGGACUCCAGUGCCUCUCAUCCCCUCCCUCACCCCCUCACAGCCUUUAGUGUCCUCUCUAACCCCCCCGAGUGCCACAGAGAAGACGGGUUUUAAGCCUUACCCAAUUUAAUUCCAUAAUCACAGUCAGUUCAUCAAUUACAGUCCUUCCACCCUCCCAGUGGGCUGUCCUGA